GCCGCGCAUGCGCCGCGGACCUAAAGCAUUGUGGGUGACGUAGUUCUAGCCCAUCGACAACACCGUGUUACAAAACCCAAACACAGGCGGGUUAGGGUACCAGACGCUUUCAGACGUGUGUUGAGAGUCGCGGUCACUCGUUAAGUCGUGGUUUACACCGAGUGUCGAGUUCGUUUCCCCCGCUACACGGCGACAGAAGAACUACAGGAUUCCUUCGCUGCAUGUUCUUCAUCUGGAGGAGCUCCCCCUCUGUACAAAGGCGACUCCUGACGCUCAGAGACCAGAGAUCACCAAGUCCACUUCCCUCCCUCUUCACCGGCUCCUUCUCCAGUGUUUCCACCAUGUCAGAUAAGAAACGUAAGGCUGCUCCCGCCGGUAAAGAGCGCUCCGCCAAGCAGAAGAAGCUGGCCCCCACGAAGAAGCAGCCGGAGAAGCAGCAGCAGCAGCAGGAGGAGGAGGAGGAGGAGAAGCAGCCGAAGAAGCAGCAGCAGCAGCAGCCGGAGAAGCAGAAGAGGACUGCGGGCUGGCUGCAGGACCUGCUCAUGCAGCAGAGGUCAGAGGAGAAGGAGACGAAGUUCAACGAGAUGCGUCUUCGAGUCCUAUCUAACACUGAGAAGAUGAAGCAGGGCUCAGAGGGGGUCCUGUACUGGAUGUCUAGAGACCAGAGAGUACAAGAUAACUGGGCUCUGAUUUAUGCACAGAAACUCGCAAUGAAGAAAAACCUUCCUCUGCACGUCUGCUUCUGCUGGUUUGUGCCAAAGUCCGAACUGUCUACGCUGAGGCGUUACAGCUUCAUGCUCGAAGGGCUGAAAGAAGUCGCAAAGGAAUGUAAAGCCUUAGACAUCCAGUUCCACUUACUCCAUGGAUCGGCAGGGGACGUUCUCCCCGGCUUUGUGUCUGACCACAGCCUGGGGGCAGUGGUGACAGACUUCUACCCUCUCAGAGAACCUCUGCAGUGGUUAGAGGACGUCAAAAAGAAGCUUCCAGGGGACAUCCUCCUCAAACAGGUUGACGCCCAUAACAUUGUUCCCUGCUGGGUAGCGUCCCCUAAACAGGAAUACGCCGCCAGAACGAUCAGAGGAAAAAUCACCAAACUUCUGCCGGACUUCCUCACCGAUUUCCCUCCGGUAGAGAAACAUCCAGUCACGGCUAAAAAAACUGCUGAACCAAUAGCGUGGGACACAACUCUGGCCUCGCUGCCGGUCGACAGGGAGGUCGUGGUGCCGGAGUGGGCCAAGCCUGGCACCAAGGAGGGGAUGGCCAUGUUGGAGUCCUUCAUUGACGUACGCCUCAAACUGUUUGAAACCAAACGCAACGACCCAAAUGUCCACGCCCUCAGCCAGCUCUCCCCCUGGCUCCACUUCGGCCACAUCUCAGCUCAGCGCGUGGCCAUUCAGGUUCAGAGCAGUGGGAGAAAGGCAGGUCAGGCCGUCGCCUCCUUCAUCGAGGAGCUGGUGGUGCGCAGGGAGCUGACGGACAACUACUGCUACUACAACAAGAAAUACGACAGGGUGGAGGGUGCAUAUGAAUGGGCUCAGAAGACGUUGAAGGACCACGCCAAAGACGAGAGGCCUUAUCUCUACACACGGGAGCAGCUGGAGAAAGCAAAGACACACGACAAACUGUGGAAUGGAGCUCAGUACCAGCUGAUCACUGAAGGGAAGAUGCAUGGCUUCUUGAGGAUGUACUGGGCCAAAAAGAUUCUGGAGUGGACAACGUCACCAGAGGAGGCGCUCUCCAUCGCCCUCUAUCUAAACGACCGCUAUUCGCUGGAUGGCCAGGACCCGAGUGGUUUUGUUGGGUGUAUGUGGUCUAUUUGUGGCAUCCACGACCAGGGCUGGGCAGAGAGAGCUAUUUUCGGAAAGAUCCGCUACAUGAACUACAAAGGCUGCACCAGGAAGUUUGACGUCCCCAAGUUUGAGCAAAAGUACUGUCCCAAAAACCUGUGAAGCUAAACUGCAUUGAGACAGGGAAGGAAACGCAUGAGCUGGUCCAUAUCUAUUACACGUUCAGCUCAGGGAGAGGUUGGACAGUGUCUCUAGCGGUCGAUUUUUUGUUUUAUGGUUGUCCGCUGCUUCAAGUACAAAAUAUUAGGCAUGUCAUAGCUCAGUCAGUGUUUUAUCAUUACUGUAACUGUGCUCUGGUAUUUGACUGCAGUGUAUUAUUUUGUUAACUUACCACGAGAUCAUUAUCUGUGGUUUUUCCUUUGUUGUUUUACUACUUUUAUACAACAGCUUCUACUUCAGAUUUGUACUGUUAUGUUACAAAGAAGUUGCCGUGUUUCAGGACCACAGUGUUUAAACUUCGGAUUCCUCUUGUUCUCGGAGAACUUUAAACAAAAUAAAGUCAUAAACUGUUUCUGUUCAGCAAA